AGCGUUUAACCCUGAAAUUUCCCACGCAAUUGCCUAUAAAAAGGAACGCCUUUGGUAUCCCCCCCCUCCUUCUUCGUGCCCUUUGCAGCCCACCUGGUUUUAUUUUUUUUUCUCAAGUCGCACCUCCUUUCAAUCGUUUAUCAUGGCCUCUCCACAUGUCAUUAUCAUUGGUGGCGGUCUUGCUGGUCUGUCAGCCGCUCACACUGUUUUGGAGCGAGGAGGAAACGUCAUUCUUCUCGACAAGAACUCGUUCUUGGGUGGUAACUCUACAAAGGCUACUUCUGGAAUCAACGGUGCUGGAACGGCCACCCAGAGAAAGCUCAACAUCCCGGACACAUCGGAAAUCUUUUACGAGGACUCUGCAAAGUCUGCUCGUGAUUUGAUUGUUCCUCCACUGACCAAGGUCCUCACAUACCAGUCUGGCUCGGCCGUUGAAUGGAUUCAAGAAAAAUUCCAGGUGGAUCUUUCCUUGGUUGCGCGGUUGGGUGGACACUCUCAACCCCGUACACACCGUGGAAAGGAAAUGUUCCCGGGAAUGACCAUUACAUAUGCCCUCAUGGAGACACUGGAGGACAUUGCAAAUGCUCAACCCAACCGUGCCAAGGUCAUCAAGAAGGCUGAUGUGAAGAAGCUUAUCAGCGAGAACGGCAAGGUGGUUGGUGUGGAGUACGUCCGCGAUGGAAAGACCUACAAAGAGUCUGGUCCCGUCAUUAUUGCAACCGGUGGUUAUGCGGCAGAUUUCACAGAAACAUCACUGCUGAAGAAGUACCGUCCUGAACUCUGGGAUCUCCCAACAACCAACGGUGACCACUGCACUGGUGACGGUAUCAAGAUGACCCUCGCCAUUGGUGGUAACACUCUUCACAUGGAAAAAGUGCAAGUGCACCCUACUGGUCUUGUGGACCCCAACGAACCCGACGCCAAGGUCAAGUUCCUUGCUGCUGAGGCUCUUCGCGGUGUUGGUGGUUUGUUGCUCGAUGCCAACGGACACCGCUUUUGCGAUGAGCUCGGUCACCGUGAUUACGUGACUGGUAUGAUGUGGAAGAACAAGGGUCCCUUCCGACUGGUUCUCAACGGCAAGGGUGGAAAAGAGAUUGAGUGGCACUGCAAGCACUACAUGGGUCGUGGCUUGAUGAAGCACUUUAAGGGUGCAGACUCCCUCGCCAAGGAGAUGGGUAUCUCUGUGAAGACGUUGGAGGAAACCUUCACCAAGUACAAUGAAAUCGCGCGGACAAAGAAGGAUCCUUUUGGCAAAAAGUUCUUCCACAAUGUCCCGUUUGUGCCUGAUGACGAAUUCUGGGUGGCCAUUGUGACCCCCGUUCUCCACUUCACCAUGGGUGGUGUUCAGAUCGACGAAUAUUCCAAUGUGUUGACCGGAAACGGCCAAAAGCUUCCUGGUUUGUUUGCUUGUGGUGAGGUUGCCGGUGGUGUGCACGGUGCCAACCGUCUUGGUGGCAGUUCUCUUCUUGGUUGUGUUGUGUACGGGCGUGUAGCCGGUGCAACCGCUGCAUCUUACCUUCUGGAAGAGUUGUCUGGCAACUCUGCCGCCCGCCGUAUCGGUGGUAUUGCUGGUCACCUUGGUGGUGCCCCCAUUUCAAUCUCUGUCGGUGGCGUCAACAUUGCUCUCAGCUUUGACGGUGCCAGCGGUGCUUCAGCUGCAUCAGCAGGUCCACAAACAGAACCUUUGCCAACCGAAGCCAACACUGGCCCAGAGCCAAAGGGUGAGCCCAAGAAGCAGCAGAAAGAGUACACCUUGGCCGAUGUUGCAAAGCACAACACGGAUAAGGACUGUUGGGUCGUUGUAAAUGGUCAAGUGUUGGACGCUACCAACUUUUUGAAGGACCACCCUGGUGGCAAGAAGGCUAUCAUGUUGUAUGCCGGCCGAGAUGCAACAGAAGAGUUCAACAUGCUACACAAGCCAGAGGUCGUUGCAAAGUACGCCCCUGAAACCAUCAUUGGCACUCUGAAGAAAUAAGUAGAGAUAGUGUAGAUAGUGAGUUCAGCAGGCUGGAUUCUGACAGGAGUAGCGUUAGCCAGCAUGACUUUUAUAUUACAGCAUCCAGGGCGGGAGAGUCCUCUGAGAAAUUGAUUUAUUUCGUGUGC